UAAUUGUUUUUCGUUCUCUCAGAGAGUGAAGAGAAUUCAACUAAUUGCGAACGUUUGUUCUCUUUCAGAAAGAUUGUACUCGUGCGCGGUUGUUUGCAGCAAUCUGCACUGUUUGAGCUCAACUUUGUUUACCAGAAAUAUGCCAAGAUUUACCUCUGAUUACAAUCAUGUCCAUUUUUAGACGCAAACGUUUCUGGAGCAAAGGCAAAGAAGGAGCUUACAUGGUGAGUUCGGAUGAAAAUGAAUCAUCAGCGGGUAAAAACAGUCCAAGAAAUCGCGCGGGAUCUUACAACUCCUAUCCCAGGGGGAGCAUCGGUUCUGCUUGCAGUAUAGCCUCCCCUGGAGGAUCUGACGAUACUAGGAGCCACCAGUUGUCGAGACAGAGCUCGGUUGGAACUCGUUCUGCGUUCGAAGCACACGAGAAUGGUUUGACAAGCUCUGUAGGGUUGCUGGACGUUGACAGUGAAGUGUGGGACUCCAUCUCCUUACAAGAACAAACCGUUCGGCUCCUUGCUAGUUUCAGGAAUCCCUCAAUGAACAUGCAGCAGAUUCAGGUAGAAAUAAAGGAGGAUAAGCUUGCUCAGAGCAGGAAACAGGCUGCUAAGGAAGAAGAGCGUCAUGUAGAUCCGAUGGACACUGAAACAAGCGCUCAUUUGAAGAAGGUUGUGGCUUCCAUUUUGCAACAGUACAAAGAGGCUAGUAGCGACUCUGGGAGUUCCAUAGGUGAAAACUUGGAGACUGAGUCCCCCAUUUUGUCUGACGAAGAAUCAUCGGAAGAAGAAACCGAAGACGAGUUUGAUUUUGAGGCGCAUAUCAGGAAAAUCUGUAGACGCGACAACGGAAGUGACAGCGAAUCGGACGGACACGGAAGCAACAAUUCGGAAAAAGCAUUAAAAAAUGCCGUUCGUAAGGCAAUGAGAAAAAUAAAGCGAGAACGAUCAGAUGAGCUAGCCGAUUCCGACAACGGAUCCAUGAAGGGUACGGGAAACGAACGACCGCCGAAUGGCGACGGUUCUUCUUCGGAAUCCAGCGACGAAAGUAAUGACGAUGAUGGCUCCAGUGGGGCUGGCAGCUUUGAGAUGGCACGAGAUGUGGACCCUGAGAUUCAAGAACUUAUGGACGGUGGGCUUAUAAUUCAUCCAAACGGAGAUUCAUCCAACACAAACGAAUAUCGUACCGUUUAUAAAUGUUUCAUGCCCGAUGAAGGUAAGAUCGGUUCCAUACAAGACCCAAUCGUUAAUCAAUCGGAAGAUACCAGAAAUCCUCCGACGGAAAGCCACCGAGAAGAUAACCUGGCCUCAAAUUUGGACGAAAACAAAGCACAGGACCUUCGGUGGCCGUUUUCAAGCUUUUAUGUGAAAGAAGUACGUCAUGAGACGCCUUUCCCAAAGAAUUUUGAAGCGUUACCGUCCUAUCGCUCGACCCCGGCCAGCGCGGCGCAUCCUGGCCGAAAGAGAAACGUUAUGCUGGGACGAGUCUGGUGGGUGGAGUGGUGGGCGCGGGAAGAUACAAAGAUGAAAUCAGGCGCCGAUACUUAACAGUGACAGAUGUAUUACGACUGACAUUGAGAUAAGACAGGGAUAGUACUUGUACAAACUCGUUGAAUCUGGGUAGCCAAAACGUCGCGAGGGGAUUCUGGUGGACAAUUAAAAGCGCUCAUUUCCUCUAAAUUGAAUAUUUACUGAAAAGCCAAGACCGUGAUUUGAAAGGGUCGCCAAUCGAAAAAUGUAAAAUGAAAGAACUUACUUUAGAAAAAAUUAACAUUUAAUGUUUAAACACAGGUGUGUCCACUGACUGUGAAAAACAGUGCCGGUUUCUAAGUAUUUUAAGAAGGGCUUUUGAAACUGUUUUAACUCAACCCUGAAAUUGCCAAGAUCUGCAAGAUCCUCUAAGUGCCACAGAUUUUGCUUGUAAAUUACUUAGGAGAUUUUCGUGUUGGAUCAGCAUAGCGACCUCUAACCGUUAAUUUUGAGUAUUUUCAUUACCUGUUUGCGGGAUAAUCUAUAGAUAUUAUAGGGAGAAGUUAGAUGUUGAUCACUACUGGGAGUCAAAGGGUCAAAGGAAAGUUAAAUCAUAGAAGCAAAUGUGUGCAUGUUACGAAACCACUAUCUUAGAUUUAUCUACUUUUACUAUGGCAAGGCAUAUGUUACGAAACGAUAGACUUUUGUAGAAAUGUCUAUAAACCUUAGAUCUCGAUCAAGAUUUGGCGUCGAACUUUACUCAGAAGUAGACCUGAUACAUGGGGAGCCACCCUCACAUCUUGUUUCAGUUUUUGUAAAAAAAAAAAUUGCUCUUAUCCUUUUUAGUAGUCUAGUCAUUUUUUCCGAUUUUCUAGAUUGUUGAAUAUUGGAGCUGAAUGAAAAU